AUGGUAAAAGAAAGAAAAGCUUCCCGGAGCGUGGAACACGAGUAUGUGGAGAACCCAUUCCCAAAAUAUACCCUUCUCCGCAAAUCUCGUCAAACUUUGAUCAUACAACUCCCACAGCCCUUUCACCACCAAGAAAUGUCUGAUCUUGAUCGCAUCCCGCCUUCGACAACGACAUAUGUCGUCGCCACAGCCAUCAUCGCCGGAAUCACCGGUUACUUCAUCGGCCAAGGGGCAUCACUGGGACUCUUUUCUUCAAAGGAAAAGGAGGGUUGGCCGAAUAGCUACAAUGUGAAAGUUCACCGGGGAUCGUCGGAGGAAGAAGGUGACGAUGAGGAGGAGGAGGAUAGCGAGGAAGAAGGCGAUGGAGGCGAACUGGCCGAUUUCGAGGGAAACACAGAGGAGAUCAAGUUAGUGCUUGUUGUUCGGACGGAUUUGGGAAUGACGAAAGGGAAAAUCGCUGCUCAGUGCUCGCAUGCCACCCUCGCCUGCUACAAAUAUCUUGUCUCGCACACCACCAACUCUGCCAUUCUGCGCCGCUGGGAAUCACAAGGUCAAGCGAAGAUUGCGCUGCAGAUAAAGUCGGAAGAAGAAUUACAACUGUUACAGGCGCAAGCCAUGAGUCUCGGACUCUGCGCUCGAGUGAUCCAGGAUGCUGGACGCACACAGAUCGCCAGUGGAAGCAGGACGGUGCUCGGCAUCUUAGGGCCAAAGAGUGUUGUUGAUACGGUGACGGGCCAUCUGAAGCUUCUUUGA